GAUUUCUGCGAUUUGUGAACCGCAGUAGCAAAAUUGUGACUCGACUGCCCAAUCGCCAACGUAACGCCGCUCACACCCAAAAGGCCGCUUCUUUCGCUUCUCGACGUCGCCCCCGAGCAAGUAAUUCUACCGCAAGCAAUAUCAAGACCGACGAGUAGGCCGAAUCUCCACCGAGCACAGAGGAAACAAGCUAUUCAAAGACCGGAAGGACGUGUUAAAAGCCCGCGCACCUUCUUUCGCACCCCGCCCCUCCACACCUGUUGGCCGACCACCUUCAACAACACCACCCAACCGCCACCACCACCCUUCGUACUCGACGACAUCGAGCACCAGUAGCCAAGAUGGCGGAACCGAACUACAGUCACUUUCGAUACUUCGAAAACAAGUACCCCGAAAUCGAUGAGUUCGUCAUGGUCAACGUCAAGCAGAUUGCCGAGAUGGGUGCCUACGUCAAGCUUCUCGAGUACGACAACAUUGACGGCAUGAUUCUGCUUUCCGAACUUUCGAGACGUCGUAUCAGAAGUAUCCAGAAGCUCAUCCGUGUGGGCCGCAACGAGGUUGUCGUCGUCCUUCGUGUCGACAAGGAGAAGGGUUAUAUCGAUCUUUCCAAGCGUCGUGUGUCGCCAGAGGAUAUCAUCAAGUGCGAGGAGCGGUACAACAAGGGCAAGAUGGUCCACUCCAUCAUGCGCCAUGUCGCCGAGAAGACCCUUACCCCGAUCGAGCAGCUCUACGAGACCAUCGCAUGGCCCCUCAACAAGAAGUACGGCCAUGCGAUUGACGCCUUCAAGCUGUCUAUCACGAACGCCGAGGUCUGGAACGACGCCACCUUCCCCAGCGAGGCCGUCUCCGAGGAGUUGAAGUCAUAUAUCGCGAAGCGUCUCACCCCUCAACCCACAAAGGUCCGUGCCGACGUUGAGGUCACCUGCUUCGGAUACGAGGGUAUCGACGCCGUCAAGAACGCCCUGCGCACCGCUGAGGCGCGCAACGACGACCAGACCCAGGUCAAGGUCAGACUCGUGUCCCCCCCUCUGUACGUUCUGACCAGCACGUGCCUGGACAAGAACCUCGGUAUCACCCGCCUCGAGGAGGCCAUUGUCGAGAUUCGCAACAGCAUCGAGGCUGCGGGCGGUUCGUUGGUGGUGAAGAUGGAGCCCAAGGCCGUUACGGAGAGCGACGACGCCGAGCUGCAGGCUCUCAUGGAGAAGAGGGAGCGCGAGAACGCCGAGGUCAGCGGUGACGAGAGUGUCUCUGAGAGCGACGACAACCCGGAGGUUUAGAUUUUUCCUUUGGAGUCAACGUCAUCACAACAAAAAAGGGGCGGCUGGUAGAAUGAGCGUACUGGCAGGCUGGGAAUCCAGAGUGAUUCUAAUGAGACGACCAAAAAAGAGUCUAAACAUUUCAAAAUCAUUCCCCCUGGCUGAUUGUGAGUGAGCGACGGACUGAUGAUACUAUGAGAGGAAUGGCCCGUUCCUAUAAAUACGAUGUAUGGCUGGCCUUAGCACAAGCUGGGACACUUAGCGAGAAGACGAAUAUGUCUACCAUAAUCAACCC